AUGGAGCCGACGAACCACCUCGGUCAUAGUUACAACAAACAACCCGACGUGGACGCGUACAACAUUGGCAGGGGCGGCAAGCGCUAUUCCGGCGAUGUCAAGGUCUGCCCCCUCACCAGCAGCGGGGAGCACGGUCGGAAGGGCGCUUUUGUCGCUUUCGGCAACACCGAAUCAUUCUACCGGAACAUGGGGGGGGGAGGGUGGGGGGGCGGCGACCGCCGCAUACCGUCCUAUGGCGGCGAGUAUCGCUACGCCAGGGAGGACAAGGACGUCGGCGUGCAACUCCUGCUUGUUCGAAUCCUUCCGGGGGGUUCGGGAAAGUACCUCUAG